AUGCCGAUAAACAAGUCAAAUGAUGAGUACAGAAGGCUCUUCAAAUCCAUAAACGGUCCUUUUCCUUGAGGUGGAGUCAGUAUAGAAUCAUCUGGCUAUUCCAAAGCAGCUGGCAUUUUCUACAGACUUGCUCUUGAGGCCAAUUCAAAUGGUGAUUAUUUCCCUAUAUGGGGAACCUGUUUAGGAUUUGAACUGUUCACAUUGCUGACAAGUGGGACGUUGCUGUUGUCCCACACCAACACUAGUGGUAUCGCCUUGCCACUGAACUUCACAGACGAUGUUAGAGACAGUAGACUGUUCAAAGACUUCCCUGAAGACCUUAUGAAAUCACUGGAAACAGAACCACUCACAGAGAACUCUCAUCAAUGGAGUCUUACUACAGAGAACUUUACCAAGCGUGAGACCCUGAAAAGUUUCUACAGAGUUUUAAGUACCAACACAGAUGGACAAAAUGAGUUUGUGUCCACAAUGGAAGCAUAUAAUUUCCCUAUCUAUGCUACUCAAUGGCAUCCAGAGAAAAAUGCCUUUGAGUGGACCCGGCCCUAUAUUCCCCACAUGCCUUCAGCCAUUAAGACCGCAUUCUACAUGGCUUACUUUUUUGUGAAUGAAGCGAGGAAAAGUUUUCAUAGCUUUCCUAGUACAGAGGAAGAGGAGAAAGCUUUGAUCUAUAACUACAAACCUGAAUACACUGGAACCCAAAGUGCAUUUGAACAAAAAUAUUUUUUUUGA